AUGUCAUCUGCUAUCGUAAUCGACUCUCCCGAAAGGAAAAAAAUAGAGGAGAAAGAGUAUAGUGCAAAGAAACCAAAAGUUACUGUUAAGAAAAUGACUACAAAAGACUCCAUAAAAACGCUUAAAACAAAAUCAGAAAUAAAUAAAGAAAAUUCCGUUCUGCAAGAUGACUCUGAUUCGUCUGACUCUAUCGUAUUGGCUGAAUUAAAAGCAAAGGGUGUUCGAAGCAAAAUAAACCCAAAGACAAAUUAA